AGUUAAACUAUUUAUAAUUAGGCCUACUUAAUGUAACUUGGUCAUGAUUAAUCUUCGUCUGCUCAAUCAGUGAAAGAAAACUAACUGUUGGCGAUAUUAUAUUUAUUCUUUUACGAUAUUUUCUCAAAAUGUCUAUUUAAUUCUCCUCUGUGUCAACAGAUUUCCAGCAGAGAUACGAAUUAUUCGUCGCCAAAUGGUGAAAUGUAAACAGUACUAUCUUCAUGACCUUCGCUACGUUUAUUUAUAAUUUCUGCAUCGGCGAGGUCGCUUUCGUGGUGAAAACGAUUUUACUUUUUGUUUCAUAUUCAAAAAGAAUGAAGUGAUUUUUUUUAACCGUGACAAUGGAACUGGUAGAUAAAAAAAUAGAUCGUUAUGAGGUCAUCGAAGGAAACACCGACCCACCAUGGCAUAAGAAGUAUAGAAAAAUCGUAUGGAUUGUUAUAGCGUUGGUCGGUAUAGCUAUUCUCACUACUAUCAUAGUCAUCAGUUUAAAAUGUCAGAAUUGUAACAGUAUUCCCACCGCUCCCACCACCACUCAAAUUCUCACCGAUUCGCCUUCAUUGCAUUGGGAGGAAGAAUGCUCAUCAGAAGUUUCUGUAUGCCCUGCUAGUUUUCAGGAUAAUCCGCCAUUGCUGUUAGUUUCUCUGGAUGGGCUACGAGUGGAUUAUCUCAAGUAUGGUGUUUCGCCAACUCUUUCCAAAAUCGCAGAAUGUGGAGUGAAAGCUGAAUUUAUGUAUCCCAUAUACCCAUCGAAAACAUUCCCUAAUCACUAUACAAUUGUAACGGGUCUCUAUCCUGAAUCUCAUGGAGUUAUCGAUAACCAGAUGUAUGACCUUGCCAUGAAUAAACGCUUUAAAGUUGGUAAAACUAGGCUGGAUGAUCCAAGGUGGUGGCAGAAAGAACCUAUAUGGGUAACGGCACAAAAACAGGGGAAGAGUGCCGCCUGCUUCUUUUGGCCCGGAUCUGACGUUCGUAUAAACGGAUCGUACCCGAAUUUUUAUUUCAAUUACAACGGGAGUAUUCCAUUUGAAACAAGGGUGGAUCAGAUUCUGGAAUGGCUGAUGCUGCCCAAAAGACCAGAUUUUCUCACACUCUAUUUUGAUCAGCCAGACAAAGCUGGUCAUGCUCACGGUCCAGACUCAUUCGAAGUUAAAGAAGGUAUCAAGACUGUGGAUGGACUGAUGAAUAGGUUACUUACAGGAUUGGAAAUAAGAAACCUCACAAACUGUGUAAAUAUUAUUAUUGUGUCAGAUCAUGGUAUGUCGGACACAAGCUGUGAUCGAAUUUUUGAUAUCAGAAAGUACAUAAACAUUUCAACUGCUGACGUAUACACUGGCUCUUUUGGCAGAAUAAGGCCUAAGGAAGAUUCGAACACGGUGGAUGAAAUUAUAUCUCAGUUACAGUGCCAAGAUAGCCACUUGAGAGUUUAUCGAAAAGAAGAGUUGCCGGUUAGAAUGCACUACGUAGAUAAUGCUAUAUUUCACUAUAACGAACCCCGUUAUAGUGAACUGUCUGAGGACCUACCACAGGCUGAUUUUUUUCUAAGUUGGUACAUAAAGGUGUGUUAUCAAAGUUUUCUUUCUAGCCAGGAUGUUAAGCAAGGCGAUUGGAAGUGUAAUGGUGGUAACCAUGGAUACGAUAACAUUUCUCCAGAUAUGAAGGCCAUUUUUUUCGCCUAUGGACCAUCAUUUAAGAAAAAUAUAACCGCAAGACCUUUUCUAAAUAUAGAGUUAUACGAAUUGAUGAGUGAGAUCAUGAACAUUAUUCCUCAACCAAACAAUGGUACGAAAGGGAGCUUGCACGGAAUUCUGAAACGGCCACGAAAUCUCAUGCCCAAUUUGACUUCACCACCCCCACCAGUUGCUCAGGUUCCAGAUCUACUUUCAGUGGUUGAUUUCUCCAACUGCUCCUGCAACGAAAGUCAUUAUGAAAUGUUUGAUGAUGGAAUGAUUAAGAAGAAAAACACCAUUCACCUACCCUUUGGAGUACCUCAGGCAGCUCAACGUAAUGACAGCUUGUUGCUUCUGUACAACAACGAAUACAUACUGGCAUACGAUACAGAAAAAGAAAUACCCCGUUGGGCAUCGUUUACUAUUACACAUUCAAAAAUUCCUUAUAAGAAUUCUACUGUUUGUUGGUCUGGUGAUGCCAGAGUUCCAAACGCAACUUGUUCAUCUAUGCCUGAUGGUUUUAUUACACGGCCCCUCUUUUCUCCAGAUUUCUCAGAUGAUAAAUCUCAAUCUCAAGUGUUCUUUGUGACAAAUUCCAUCCUGAAAUCAAAGAACCACACAAAAAUGUUCGAAGAUGAAGUAAAUAAUCUUAUUGAAAAAAAAUUAUUCGAAUUAGGACCCAUCAAUAUCAUGGUAGGGCCUGUAUUCGAUCACCAUACAGAAGACAUUCGACGAAACUUAACCAGCCACCUGAUUGAUUCAGAUCCAAUACCCAGUCACGUGUUUGUCAUACUCACGUGGUGUUCAUCGCUCGUGGAGCAUUUGGGCAAAUGCGAUCCAGAGUUACUGGAUGUGCAGUCAUUUCUCCUGCCGAAUUUUCCUUUUCCACGUAACUGUGAGAAUGCUAAAAACGCCAUGAAGAAAAAUGGAGCUCGAAUUAAAGAAAUCGAAAGAAUUACGGGUCUUACAUUUUAUUCCAAUCUCUCCUUACUUGAUGCCAUCCGACUGAAGACGUCAGUUGAUCACUUGGGUCUUUAGUAUUAAAAGAAAUUAAGUUUUAAACAAUUGUGUUGUUUAUGGCAGCUAUGGAUAUACACAUUGUAAAAAAUAAAUAUUUUUUAUUUUAA